UAAUCCUCCACACAGGUCCUGAGCAAACCGGAGGAUCUGAAACACUGACAGUGAACCACUCGCAGCCGCGGGAUCAUGGAGCCCAGCAGCCAGAGAUCCGGUUUCCCCAGCGGGACACAACGCGUCGUGAGGCGGAUCCGCACCUGGUUCCCGGUCGGUGUCAGGACCGAAGUCACAGAGCUGUGUAAACUGGCCGGACCAGUGACUCUGUCCUCGCUCAUGGUGUUUAUGGUGAGUUUUGUCAGCACCAUCUUCUGUGGUCAUCUGGGGAGGACCGAGCUGGCAGGAGUGUCUCUGGCCAUCGCGGUUAUCAAUGUGACAGGUAUAUCCAUCGGGUCUGGUAUGGCAUCAGCAUGUGACACACUGAUUUCUCAGACCUUUGGGAGUCACAACCUCCUGAGAGUCGGGGUCAUCCUGCAGCGGGCCAUCCUCAUUUUGAUUCUGACGUGUUUCCCCUGCUGGGCGGUCCUCAUCAACACGGAGCUCAUUCUGUUGGCGGUCAGGCAGAAAGCGGAGGUGGCAAGGUUGGCUCAGCUGUACGUCAACAUUUUCAUGCCAGCACUUCCUGCUACAUUUAUGUUUGCAUUACAGACCAGAUAUCUACAAAACCAGGGCAUCAUAUGGCCACAGGUCAUCACAGGCUUCGUGGUCAAUCUCUUCAACGCUCUCAUUAACUACAUCGUUCUCAACUUAUUCAAUAUGGGAGUAGCCGGCUCUGCUUUAGCCAACACUCUCUCCCAGUUCCUCAUGGCCGGACUUCUCUUUGCUUACAUCAUCUGGCAAGGUCUUCACAAGGCCACCUGGUCAGGCUGGUCCAAACAGUGCCUGCUGGACUGGAGCUCGUACAUCCACUUGGCCGUGCCCGGCAUGAUCAUGUUGUGCGUGGAGUGGUGGACGUAUGAGAUCGGAAGUUUACUGGCAGGUCUGAUCAGUGAGGUGGAACUCGGCGCUCAGUCGGUCGUGUAUGAGCUGGCAAAUGUUGCAUACAUGUUCCCAUUGGGUUUUAGUGUAGCAGGCAGUGUAAGAGUCGGACAAGCUUUGGGAGCCGGACAAACGGAGCAGGCCAAGCUGUCUGCCAAGAUGACAGUUAUCUGUGCAGCGUCAGUGUCUGUGUGUUUGGCGAUUCUCAUCGGGACUCUGAAGAAUCAUAUCUCAUAUAUUUUUACAUUUGAUGAACAAAUCAGGGAAAGAGUCGCUGAUGUCAUAUCCUUCUACGCCCCAUUCGUUCUCCUGGAUGCAAUUUCAGCUGCCGCGGGUGGCGUUAUACGAGGAACCGGUAAACAGAGAGUUGGGGCUAUUUGCAACUUUAUCGGGUUUUAUGGCAUUGGUUUCCCGAUCGGCGUGCCACUGAUGUUUGCAGCCAAAUUAGGAAUCAAGGGUCUGUGGACAGGCUUGUUUAUAUGUGUGGCCCUGCAAUCCACAUUCCUCAUUUUCUACCUGAUAAGAAUGAACUGGACUAAAGUGACAGUCGAGGCUCAAGUCCGAGCGGGGGUGAUUGAGAGCAUCACAGAAAUAAGUGAGAGAGAUAGUGCAGCAACUUCACCAUUUUAUGUUGUUAUCGAAAGAUAUCCACACUGGAAACAUUCAGAAGUCUGUUUAGAUGUAAAUUCACGUUGUAAAAACUGGUUAUUACUAUUCUGUUGGAAAUAUAUAGUCAUUAUCAUUGUAUCUCUGCUGAAGAACACAAAUAACAAGAUAAAUUGACACAAACCCAGUCUUGCUCGCUGAAAAUAGUAAAAAUGCUCAAAGUUUCAGGCAAUGUCCUUAAUUUCUGCUCGAUAAAUUAUUGAAAUGGUUGAUCAACGAAACCAAUAUUGACUUGGCUCAAUCAUUUGAGCCAUAAUUACACAAGUACAACAUUCAGCAACUAGCUUGAUAGAUGCAUCACAGAUCCCUCAAGGUAAAAUUCGCCAUAACCACCAUUAUGGCUGUAAUACAUAUAAUAUAUAUAUAUAAUAAAGUCAUAAUAUACCAUUUAGUAUUGCUAACAAGUGUGAGUAUAUGCUCUGUAUUUGACAUUAGCAAGUAAGCUGGCUUAAUCAUUUAUAAACAGCUGUUUAGUGUACAAAGAUUAAAAAAUAUAUAUCAUCUCAAACUGUUUUACAUUGUCAAUGAGUUCCAUGCAAAUAUCAAGUUUUUCAUAAAAAGUGUGACGUUUAUGUGUGUGUGUGUGUGUGU